AUGACUAUUAAAAAUCAACUUGUACCGAACACCUAUACGUGGCUAAAGUUAUCCUUAAUUCCAAAACCCAAUGUAUGGGGGACAAUAGAUUUUCGACUUUAUGCACCGGGUUCCUUCAAAGAAUACAUAUUUUUAAAUCCACGACUCAGAACUCAAUGCUCAUCAUUACCGUUUAUCGGCUUAUCAGCAACUGCUAUAGAUAAUAUGGUUUAUAUUAACGUGGAGAGAACUUAUUAUGAAGGAAUUGUGAAGGAUUCAACAUUAUCACUAACAAAUGAGAUAAGUUAUAUUAUUCCAAUGUUUACUGCUAAUUAUAACCAGGUACCAGUAAAUUUCACUUACAAUAUGAUCAUUGGUUCCUAUUCUACUUCUGGUAGCUUCAUGUUUAUUACUACUACUCCAGCAUUAAUUCACAACUUACGACAAUCGUUUUUGUGUUAUUUUAUGGAUAUACAAUUUACUACUUACAUAUUAGGGGAUUGCAAUACAACACAGACAACAACGUAUUCUUUCCCAGGCUGGUAUAAUAUGAGUGGUAACAAAAACGCUAUUGGUUCACCCAGCAUGAACUUCGUAGUCAUACCAAAUUUUCCAGUUUACACUGCCAUACUGGUCGAAUUACUCCCAAUCAGAGUUAACCUUCAGCCAGGUGAAAGAACAACUAUUACUGUGAAGUAUAUAUUUCCAUUGAAUUCCACUUAUCCAAACUCGUCUGUAGAAAUUAGUGGAGGUGGAGCAAACGAUAACAAUGAGACCAUAAUAAGUGUUAUUGAUUUCAGAAUAAGCUUGGGUUCAAAUUUAGUCCCACUGACAACUGUUUAUUCAUCUACCUAUAAGCCAAAUAAUCAGACAGGCCUAAUCGAUCGCUUGAUAAUUCACUUUGAAAAUAUCUCUAAUAUCGGAACCGUUAGUGUACCUCUAAUGCGCAACACUGCCAUACUUUCAGUGGAUAUCCAGUUAAGUGAUAGUAAAAGUGUUGAAAAUGGGACUGUCUGGUUGCUGCAAUUUGCUGGUCAAUUCAAUAAUAUUACAAAACUCACCAACUUAUCUGUAACUUGUGAUGUAGUUUAUCUUCAAACUCUGGUUCAAAUGAUGAACGGUACCGGAUUGGAAUGCGAAAGACAGUCAAUAAUAUUCUAUCUCAGUCCACAGAUACAGUCAAUUGACGUACUUAAUAAAACGGGGAAUACAGAUGAUAUAACAUUGAAAACUGCUUUAAAUCCAGUAUCCAAAUCGGUUCAGUUCACAACCGGUCAUUUGUACUUUGGUAAAAGCUAUGCAGUUAUCUUUCGAUUGAAAUUCAAAUCGUCUCGGACAUCUGUUGAGAAGUACCCAGUUCUAAUCGAAGUUGUAUGUAAACCGUAUGAACGCAACAUUUCUGUCUUUAGUGGCUGUGUAAGAUCAAAAUUUUACAAAUUUAGAUCUCAUAUACAUGUAGAACUUGACUACCAUACAUACUCAUAUCCAUGUGAUUUACCUCAUUACAAGGCAUUGCGGAAUCCUGCUGUGCCGUUGCCUAGUCGUCAGUCAGAUACAUUCUUAAGUGUUUGUGAUCGUCUGUUUUAUUGUGGACGCGCAUUUAAUAUGAAGGGGUCAUUUGGUUUGGAAAGACGUUGCUUCAUGAUUAGCAAAUUACCUGACAGAAUAUGGAUCGACAUGGGACCAUUUGUUGAACAGAUUAUAGCAUACACAAAUCCACUUGGCAUAUUGUUCGGUUUGGGGGCAAAUGGUGGAGGUGUAAUGAUGAGUAAGGAUUUGGGUAAAACAUGGAUUUCAAUCAACUCAUUCAUGUAUCAAAGAACUUUGAAUACGUCAACUGAAAUCAUCACAGCAAGUGUCGUACCAUGGAUUUCAUCAACUGGAUCAAUUGACAAUACAUUGUCCGAGUCAUUUUGCAAGAUGCCAGUGGCUGAACAAUGGAAUGUUUGCAUCAACCAAAUCUAUGCCAACCAAAUGUUGUUAGCUAAUUGGACUUACACAUGCCCAAAAAUCAAGCUGUUUUAA